CUCCCUCUUCCUGAGUGGCUUUUCCACUUCUGCAGCAGCAGUGAAACGCCUUUUACAGCUGAGUGGGUUUUAAUCAGGCUCGGAUCUGAUCGCCAGACCCGGAUCCAGGAUCCCAGAUUGGACCGAACCAGGCGUCCUCGCGGUAACUUGUGUGAAAAGUGGGGAGUAGAGAGUGGGACACCUCUCUGUCCCCUCCGCCCUCCCCGCCCCUCUCGCGGACUUAUCUCCCCAGCAGGACGGGGGCCGGGUGUUUUUAAGGGACACCGCUCAGCCUAAAACAAACACACCCUCCCCGGCAGCAUCCUGUGAAGUCUCGGCCACUUCCACUGAGAGGGAGCAACAGGUUGGAGCGAGGAGCUCACCAUGCAGAGCAACAGCCAGUAUCUGCGCCCCCGGCUCUGCACGCUGCACAAGGGGGACAACGGCUACGGCUUCCACCUCCACGGCGAGAAGGGGAAGACGGGCCAGUUCAUCCGCCUGGUGGAGCCCGACAGCCCGGCCGAGUCCUCGGGGCUCCGCGCCGGGGACCGGCUGGUGUUCGUGAACGGCGACGAGGUGGAGAGCGAGAGCCACCAGCAGGUCGUGUCCCGGAUACGAGCCACCGCGGGCCCGCUGGAGCUCGUGGUGGUGGACCCGGAGACGGAGCAGCUGCUGAAGAAGCACAACUUGAAGUGUCUGAAGGAGUACGUCUCCGAGGGUCUCCCCUUACCUCUGGAGGAGGAGAAGGAGGAGGAGGAGGAGGAGGAGGAGGAAGGCGAGGAGGUGGCGGUGGAAGUAGAGAAGGAGGUAGAGGAGGUGAUGGAGGAGGUGAUGGAGAAGGAGGACACGGAGGCAGACGGGACAGAAAACGGGGAUGUGAAGGUGGCAGAGGUGGAAAACGAGGAGGAGGUGGAGGAAGAGGUGGAGGAGGCUGAACAGGAGCAGCAGCAGGAGGAGGAGGAGGAGGAGACACCCAGGGAGCUCACUCCAGUCCCGGUGGUACCGGACAGGAAUGGAGAAGUCCAUCAACAGGUGGAGAAGAAGCUGAGCAUCAGUUCUGAGAAGGAGGAGCGCGCCGAGCUGCGGCCACGUCUCUGCGUGAUCCGGCGCGGGUCUAACGGAUAUGGCUUCAACCUGCACAGCGAGCGGGCGCGGCCGGGCCAGUACAUCAGAGCGGUGGAUGACGACUCUCCAGCCGAGAGGGCCGGCCUGCAGCCGAAGGACAGGAUAGUAGAGGUGAACAGCGUCUCUGUGGAGGGGAAGACGCAUUCAGAGGUGGUCGGCGCCAUUAAAGCGGGCGGAGACGUGACCCGGCUGCUCGUGGUGGACCCCGACACCGACGUCUUCUUCAAGAGAUGCAGGGUGACCCCCUCCUCCGAGCACUUAACUGGUCCACUUCCAGAGCCAGUCAUUAAUGGAGAAACAGAAGAAAAGGUGAAUGGCAGAGUACCCAAAGAGAGAGGGAGGAACUCAAAGCUCUCCAUCAGUCCUUCUCCGUCCAACGCGUCGUCCAACGCCUCACUCACAACCCCAUCCGCACACACCCCACCCGAGGGUCUGGUCACAAACGCCAUCCCAGCUCUGAACCUCACGCUGCAGCAGGUCAAAGAGCUCACCCACCAGAAACGCUCCAACAAGAGAGCGCCACCCAUGGACUGGACCAAGAAAAACGAGCUCUUCAGCAACCUAUAGGACGCCUGCGUUCACCCGAAGCCACACUUUUAAUUUUAGAAAAUCUUUCCUAGAGAUGUCAUAGAGAGGAAUUUUAUUAUAAUGAUGUACUAAAGAUAAGUACAUCGCAGAAAGUUAAUGCUGUUCUGUAAAAUAUAGCAUUCCUCUAGGUAUUAUUCCUCACGUUAUUAUAAACCGUAUAUAAUACUGUUUAUUUUUAUGUGCUUCUAACCAGAAGAAAUAUAUAUGCCAAUGAAACAGAGAUCUAUAUUCUGGUCAGGUUGGAGUUGACAGUUUUCUCUUUCUGUUUUGAUUUCUGAGUGCGUGUCUGAGGAAAUGUGAAGGAGUUGCAGAUUUUAACACUGAACUUUUUAUUGUCAAAAAAAACCACAAGACUACCGCCUGACAAUCAGUCAAUUAAUAUAAAGUUUUUUCUAAGUUACUCCCAUGUUCUUCAGUUCUGAAGCGAAAGAUGGAUUCCCCCAAAAAAUCACUUAAAGAGUUUGUUUUCCCCAAGAAUCUACUUUCUAACUGUGUAUCCUUUUUAUGCUUAAACCCUAUUUGGUAUUUUAUAAACAAUUAAAUCACCUCUGACCAACUUCCACAUCCCUGCUGAAGAAAAGCACAGCUUGAUGCUGCCACCAUGUUCUCAAGCGUUCAUUUUCAGCCACGUGUAAAAUUCAAAACCUUAGAAAAUGCUCUCUAACACAUGAUGCCAUCAUUUGUAUUGAGUCAUCUGGCGUCGAUAGAAAAUUAACAUUUUGUAUCACAACUUAAAACAGCUGUUUUAUGUCUGCCUGCCUCUCAGGGUUUCCAUAGUUUGUCAUUUUUGAGUUUAAGUUGCAUUUUAACCUAAAUCCCUAUUAGACAUCCUUAAUUAUUCAUUAAGAUGAGCAUUGCUGCUUUGUUAUAAAAUUGUUUUGAUGUGAUCCAGCUUUUUUGGGGGGGUGGGAGGGGCUUAUAACUGGAAAUAACUAUAUUUUAAUUUGCAUUAUUGUUUAAUAUAUGUAUGUAUAUAUUUCUUUUAUUAUGUAUGCUUUUGACUGAAACUCCACUGAUUUUUAUCCAGCCAUAACAAACGUGUACUUUACUGAGCGUGUGAGCCAUGUUGGAGACCUUUACCGCCCCCUGGUGGCCAUCGCUGUAACUGCUUAUGGCUCAGAAAACAAAUGUUGGAGGUUUUUAUUCCUUCGGGAGAAAUGAAAAUGUGAGGUGUGUUGAAAAACUGUAAAACUGCGUCGUUUCGAACAUCAUGUGGGCUUUCUGUCCCCCAGUAGAUUUCAUCAGUAGUAGUAACUGCUGUCAGAAGAGUGGAGACAAAAACCGAGUCUAUGAAAAGCUUUUUUGUACUUUGUGGAAGCAAUAAGGAUUUUCAGAUCUGUAUGUGUCUGUCAUGAUAGCAAUAUUGUGUUAUCUGAGGAUAAAUAAAAAAAAAAUAUUCUCAAAUCUAUGUUGUGAGAAUUUUCUGGACCCCAUAUAGUUUCUUACAGACCUUUUUAAACUCACAUUACAUUACGCCACUAAGUGCAGCAUAUUUAUGUUUCAGUCAUUUUCAAAUAAAAAUCUGAAAGUGUGA